AUGGCUGAAACUAGUGUCACUUCCGUCAUAAAAGGUCAGCCAAAUGUUGAGUCUGAGAACGAGAUUUGCCAUGAAGAGUAUGAACAAUACGGCCAAGAAUAUAAGGAUCUGUUCAAAUCUCUUCGCAGAGAGAAGGGUUGGGCUUUCCCAAACAUUUAUCUCCAUGAAGACAUGUGGUAUGCCAGUUCCAAUCCAAGGCGUGCUCUUUUCAAAAGCACUUCCAAGCAAAAGAUAACGAUAUUGUUAUCGCCACUUUACAGAAAUCUGGGAACAGCUGAGUUCUUGGAAUGCCCUUUCACUUCAGAUGAGGAAACUAAUGGAGUUAUUAAAAACAUAGCUGAGCUAUGUAGCCUUGAGAAGAUGAAGGAAUUAGAAGUCAAACAAGACUGGAAAAUUCUUGCAGCAGUAUGA